UGGCGAAGGCUGGGCAGGACUAGGCUGGGCUGGGCUAGCUCCUUCUGCCUGGAGCACACCGGUGUGUGUGGAGCCUCCGGAGGCAGCUCAGCAUGGUGGAGUUCGCACCCCUGUUGGUGCCAUGGAGGCGCAGACUACAGACCCUCGCAGUCCUGCAGUGGGUCUUCUCCUUCCUGGCCUUGGCCCAGAUCUGCAUCGCCAUCUUCAUAGGCCUCCUGUUCACCAGGUUCUGGCUCUUCUCUGUCCUAUAUGCCACCUGGUGGUACCUGGACUGGGACAAACCAAGGCAGGGAGGCCGGCCCAUCCAGUUCUUCAGACGCUUGGUCAUCUGGAAGUACAUGAGGGACUAUUUCCCUGUCUCUUUGGUCAAGACGGCUGAGCUGGACCCUUCCCGGAAUUAUAUCGCGGGCUUCCACCCUCAUGGAGUCCUGGCCGCAGGAGCCUUUCUCAACCUGUGUACUGAAAGCACGGGCUUUACCUCGCUCUUCCCAGGAAUCCGCCCUUACCUGAUGAUGCUGACUUUGUGGUUCCGGGCCCCCUUCUUCCGGGAUUACAUCAUGUGUGGGGGGCUGGUCACAUCAGAAAAGGAGAGUGCUGGUCACAUCCUGAGCAGGAAGGGUGGUGGGAACUUGCUAGCCAUCAUCAUUGGGGGCUCCCGGGAGGCACUGGACGCCAGGCCUGGAGCCUACAGGCUGUUGCUAAAGAAUCGCAAGGGCUUCGUCAGGCUCGCCUUGAUACAUGGGGCAGCGCUAUUGCCAAUCUUCUCCUUUGGGGAGAACAACCUGUUUAACCAGGUUGAGAACACCUCUGGCACCCGGCUGCGCUGUGUCCAGAAUCGACUACAGAAGAUCAUGGGCAUCUCCCUCCCGCUCUUCCAUGGCCGCGGUGUCUUCCAGUACAGCUUCGGCCUCAUGCCCUUCCGCCAGCCCAUCACCACCGUAGUGGGGAAGCCCAUCCAGGUGCAGAUGACACCACAGCCCUCAGAGGAGGAGGUGGACCAGCUUCACCAGCUCUACAUCAAAGAGCUAUGCAAGCUCUUUGAGGAACACAAACUCAAGUUCAACGUCCCUGCUGACCAGCAUCUGGAGUUUUGCUAAGCGCUUCUAGCCAGAGGACAGCUGCACCUGAGAGCCUGCAGGAGUGCUGCCACUAGAGGGGACUUCCACAGCCACCCUGAACUCCUACGAACCCAGCCACCUGGCAAGAUGGGAGAGGAGGCAGCCCCUAGCCCUGGAAUUUGCACCUGCAGCCAAAGCUCUGAGAUCUCCCUGUCCUUGGC